GUGUCAACUGUUUGUAUGAGGAGAGGAGUGCCUAGAAGCGGGAGUCGGUGUCGCCGAGAUGCUGAUGUCAGCAGCGGCUGUGGCGGGCGCACGCACGGCGUGCAGCAGGCGCGGGGUGCGGGGCGCGGGCGACUGCUGCCGCGGCGACGCUCGCACUGCUGGCCGCCGCCCUCGCCCCACGCCUCGCCAGUCCGACGCGCGCCAUCAUACAAGACUGUUGUUCGAGCAGCGCGCCCAGCCGCCACCGCUCCCGCACGCAGCGGAGGCAUGCUACAACAGAUGUCCUCGCCGCAGAGCGCGCAACUCGGCGAGGUCGCGACUCUCGUGCGCCCCCUCGAAGGCCGCCUGUUCGGCGACGCGUCUUCGGAGGCCUCCUCGGACGCCGCUGAAGAUUUUGAACUGCCGCAGUGCAAGAUAAAGCGGAACUACAAUUGCACGAAGUGCACGUUCUACACGCAGAACCCGCGCGCCUAUCUCGUGCACACUCGCGACGUGCACUUCGAGAGACUCAAGAUUUACGACUGCCCCUAUUGUAUCUACGCUUCUCGGCAUCAACAGAAACUCACGAGACACAUAAAGAUGGUCCACGAGUCCACCCCGGCCAAGGACCUGGGAGCGGCACCGCCCGCUUUGGAAACCCCCGAGCCGGUGGAGAGGAUGGAGGAGUUGCUCGAGGAAGUGGAGGAGUGCGACGACAUGCAGAUAGACGUCGAGGACUGCAACGAAGAGGCACUCGAGCGCACGUUCGACUCCGAAGGCGCAGGCGCAAGCGACGCCGCGCCGGACCAGGCCGCGACGGAAAGGACCAAUUUCUUUCCCUGCAGCAAAUGCAACUACGUCACCCACAUAAGAGCGAGAUAUACGAAACAUGUUAAAUAUCACUCUAUGCCGAUGAUAAAGUGCACUAUGUGUGAUUUUCGCACGCCUUACAAGUGGAACUUGGAUCGACAUAUGAAAAACCACGGCGGCAACGGAAGUUUUCACUGUUCGAUGUGCAACUUCACGGCGGACAUACGGCAGAGUCUGACGGUGCACGAAAUGAAUCACCACACGCCGCCCGUCGGCCAAACGGGUUCCAGCAGGCGGCGCAACCGGGUGGGCGCCAGCGACUUGCCCGCCGGCGGCGACGACGCCAGCGCGCUCAUUCUCAAGGAGGAGGAAGGGAGCGGAGACUCGCAGUCCUCGCACUCCGCGUCGGAAAUGGGCCUUCAAUACAUGGACAAAGACGUCAUAAGCUGUAACAGCGAUUCCAACGAAGCCUCUACAUCUGAAACUGUCAGAAACGACACCAUGCAACUGUCCAAACGACCUGAAACUGAAGCUGCCAUUACAUCCGACGAAGCUAAAAAACAAAGUAGAAAAGCGCCACGACCUAUUCCACAACUAAUACCAUUGAAUGCUUCGCCCCCCGCACCACAAACUAAGUCUCUACCUGGGGAACCACCAGCUAAGAAAUUCAAAGAAUCGCCUACAACACAGGUAGCAGAAUCCCAAAAAACGGAAACAACACCCAUAGACAUAACUUUAACUCCAGUAACUAGUUUAAGUGUAAAAGACACGUCCAUCAGAAAAAAGAAUGAAUCAUUCUUUGAUCGCCUGAAGGAAAGAUUACUGACUGAAACCGGUGAAAAAGGUACACUCGUAUGUAAAAGUUGUGGGUUUGAGAGCAAGUGUCUAUCCGAACAUUCUGUCCAUGAGAAGAAUUGCGCUUCGCAGUCGAAUCGGAUAUCAGCGAACGCCCUUCAUUCCACUUUGGGGUCGACACGAUGUCAGCAUUGUAGACAUCGAUGCAAAUCAAGCGCAGAUUUGUACCUACACAUGCAGACCUGCAAAAAGAAAGACAAUGCCUUAGAAACAACUUUAGAAGAACAAACUAACGACAGCACUGGAACUGUAUUGAGCAAUCAAGAAAAAGAUGCAGAGCCACAUCCUAUGGAAAAUGUUGUUUUUGUUUGGAAUGAUAUAAGCCAUAAUAGUAAUAAGUUUGAAACUCCUUUAGACAUAAGUAUCAAUGACGAUUCCACCCUACCAGAACAACUUAAAGGUUUUGAGCUCGACAUUACCGAUGACAAUGAAACGAUGAAUUUAUCGCCAAGUCAAGCGGUAGGUAAAAAAGUUUUUAAAUGUCCACAUUGUUUAUUUUGGGCUGCCACUGCUUCGAGAUUCCACGUACAUAUAGUUGGUCAUCUCAACAAGAAACCAUUUGAAUGCUCUUUGUGCAAGUACAAAUCAAACUGGCGAUGGGAUAUAACGAAACAUAUUAAAUUAAAGUCGGCUCGAGAUCCUGAACAUGCAGAGGCAAAGGUUCUUAUGACAGAUGAGACUGGUCGCAGGAACUACAGUAAAUACAACAAAUUUCUAGCGAUGCCAGUUAUGAACGAGAAUGGUGAAAACGAGUUUCAUUAUAUCGACCAAAACACAUCGGCUGAUACAGCUUUAGACGAAGAGUCACUUAAUGAUGAAAGUGGCAAUACAUCUUUGGAUAACCAACCACUUAAUCUUCACACUCAAUCAAAUGACCAGAAGUUUGACAUUGAUAGUAGAUUGCAAGAUGCAAAAAAAUCUAAGAAAACGAUGUGGAAAUGUAAAAAAUGUAAUUACAAGGAUGCGUCAAAAGAAGCGUUGAUAGAACAUGUGCGGGAGCAUACCAGAUCAUACAAUACCUGUUCCGAAGAGGUCAAACCCAGCAGUGCGGCAAACAAUUCGAAUAAAAGACCAGAAAAUAUGCCUGAUCCUGCGGACUUAGCAUACCGGUGUGGACAUUGUAACCAACUCUCCAAUUGGAAACAUGUUAUACAGAGGCACUGCCGUUUGAAACAUGAUGGAGUAAUAAAAGUAAUAACAACUGUGAAGCCAAAAGUAGAAAUAGUAACAGCUCCAACUGACGGAGGCAGUGACGUGUGCACGAAAUGUCCAUUUAAAACAAGUGAUAAAAACGUAUUAGCAGCACAUUUAUUACAACAUCAACCUUCCGCACAAUCAAUAUUCAAAUGCUACUUUUGCCCUUUCUUCGUCAAGGAUGAACACGAAUUAUUACAACAUCUUAUUUUACACGGCAUUUCGGAUCCAGAAGAUUACAUAGCAAAAGCUAUGGGAGUCGACUCACCUGUAAUAGAACAAGUGGCCUGUCCAUCAAAUCCAUGCGGUGGUAAGCGACAUAGAUGUACUGAAUGUCCUUACGAAACUAAUAGUAAGUCUCAGUACAUGUACCAUGAACAGUUUCAUCGACUACCAGCAGACACUCCAUAUAAAUGCCAAGAAUGUAACUACAGUGUAUCCAAAAGGCAUUUACUGCAUCAACAUAUGCGAGUUCACGGUAUUAUUACUAAGAAGAGUGAAAUGGAAGCUGAGCUGGAAGCGCUGUCAUCGAAUUCUAACCACGGCGAUGAAAAAAAUGAAUGCUCUAUUAAUCUUGACGAAAUACCUUUCGUGUGGGUCUCAGCGAAAAACGAAUUCCACAAAAUGUAUAAAUGCCGAUAUUGUUCUUACGUUAAUUCUCAAAAAUGUAAAAUACCGAAUCACGAGAAAAUCCACUGUAUCAUAUUUGAGAACAGCGAUAUAUCCAUCUAUAAAUGCCUGGAAUGCAAAUUUACAUGUGACAACAAAGGGAGAUUAGCAGAACAUUCCAAACUGCACGGUGAAAUAUACGGUCGCAUUUAUUGUCCUGUAGAAAUGGACGUUCCUGAUGAAGAGCAGAUAACGAGGUUACGUAAAGUAAUCGACAGAGAGAAACUAAAUGCAACAGAAGAAUUACCAAAAGAAAUAGAGAAUCAAGGUGAAAACAAGGAAAUCAAAGUUUUGUAUUUCUGUCAUAAGUGUCCAGCUAGAUUUUUCUCUGAUGGUGAAUUAAGAGAUCAUGAUAAGUACCAUGAUUUGACAUUUUCAAAUAAAUGCAAAAGUUGUGAGUUUUCUGUGCCGAAUGAUGACGAACUAACUCUUCAUAUAUUCGUUCACAGAGAUGAAUAUAACACGAAAACAAAAAUGCUGAAAUUUAUUCAUAAAAUUCACUGGGCGUAUAAGGAACCGAAAUUACAACUCGUUCAUUGCCCACUUACGUCGGAAAUCACAUGGAUUGUAGCUAAUCCAGGUAAAAAUUUCGACAUAAAUGAAAACAACAAUAAAAAAUCCAACGAAACGAAACACACACCAAAACAAUAUUUGUGUAAAGAAUGCCCUGCAAAAUUCUUUAAGAGUUCUGCACUCAGUUAUCACAUGGGAUUACACGGAGGUGAUGGAGAUCACAAAUGCAAAAAAUGUAGUUAUGCUGUUAAGAAUGUCGGAAACUUGGCUAAGCACGAGCUAUUGCAUGAAAAUGAAUCAAAAAUGCCAAGGUGCGAUUAUGAAUCUGGAGAUGAUAUGGACUUCAAAAACAUUCCCUUAUCGGGCACAGAUUUAUUCCAAAGAAAGACUGAGGCACAAAAAAGAGUACUAACCGAUAAAGAUAAACUUGUUAAACCAAAUGAUCAUUUUCCACCUGUACUCCAAGCUGACCCUCAAUUCGGUUAUUUAAUGCAUGGGAAUCCAGAAUUCAUAUAUCCAACUUAUCUGAAAAAUGGUAGACAAAAAGAAAAGCGGUACAAAUGCCACAAGUGUCCAUCAGCAUUUGAAAAGCGCGAACAAUAUAAGAUACAUCUAUCGUUACAUGGUUCGAAGCAAAGAUACAAAUGUGAACUGUGUGACUAUUCUGUAAAAUAUUACGCCAAUUAUGUACAACAUAUGAGGAAGCAUCAAAUGAACGAUGAAGCACAAGCCGAAAGGAAGAAAGAAACUAACGGGACCGAAGGCCCGGAACCUGAAAAUAUAGAUGUUAAGCCAGACGAAAGUGGAGAUAACAUUAAAUUAGCAAUAAAAACGAUGCCAAAAAGACCGGUAAAAAGUGAUUUUCUACAGUUUUCAGUAAGCGAUCAGCAAACACUUCGGCUGCUGCAACGCAGACGUUCUUUGAAUAUGUCAUCUGGGAAAGAUGGAAGCAUGAAUGAUACCUCGCCCACAAAGGAUCGCAAGCAGCAUAUGUGCUUACUUUGCCCGUAUACAAACCAGCGCCAGGACGCACUUAGCAAUCACUAUAGAAGACAUGAUGAAACAGAUGCUUUCAGCAGUGGUAACCACAAAUGUAAUUAUUGCGAUUUAGUUGUUAUACAAUCUCAUUUUCUACGUGAUCAUAUAAAAACGCACUUCAAUUACCAAAAGCAACAUAACCCUGAAUGUUUUGUGGCAAAUGAAAACGUAAAGUUUACAAUAACAAAAUUGGACGACAGUGAAUUUUCAAAAGAUCUCAAAUUAGAUAUUCCAAACAAAAAAGGGGUAUCAAAUAAAAAGAAGAUAUUCGUUAAAUUCAAAACAGGAGAACUUUUGGUAGAUUAAGUAGUUAGCAAGUUACUUAUAGAUGUAAGUGUAUCUUAAGUUAUCAUUAUUGUAAAUGUAGGGUAACAUUGUAUUAAGUACUAUUGUCAGAUCCAUGGGAGCCAAAAAAUAAACUGUUGAUAUGCACCAAAGUAACGCUUGCCAUAUUAGGUUAAAGAACUUUCGGCUAAUUUUCGGAUCGUAGGUACAAAUAGAACUACUAGGUACCUUACCUACUUAACUAUUUUAAUUCGUAAAGAGAUAUCAAAAUACUGGAAACUAAGAAAAUCUUUGUGGUGGUCAAAACUCAAAACGAUGAAUGAUAUGUUAAUUUUUUCUUAUAUAUAAAAAUAAUUCAAGAUUCCUUACUGUUAGGCAUAAUGCUGUAGUAAAGUUAUUUUAACCUGCUCGUGAUUGAGUGACUGGGUGUCUAUGAGAGCACUAUAUAAUUUUCAGUGCACAUCACAUCAUCAUCAUAUCUUGCGCUUCGUAGACGCCACAUAAAAUUCAAAAACAUUGUGAAUGAGUUGACGCGCCAAUCUGCUUCAUAGUCGAGUACAAAUAAUUAUUGGAUUUACCACCCAAAAAUUGUUCGUACUCGACUAAAACACUAAAGUAGACCGAACUAGACCUAAGGCCGGCCACAUACACACGUUUUCCGUAUUCGUUCUCCUAAUGCGUAACUUCGAUUUGGAAUUCCGUGUGACUACCGCAGAGUACGUUUUUCUUUAUUCGGAAUGUAUAAUGUCGCAAGGGCUCGCAAUCGUUACGUACGCGCGGAAUUCGUACCGUUCGGAAAAAAACGUAGGUACCUAGGUACAUGUGCGUCAUUUAUUGUAUUUUAUAUUGAUUUAAUGCAUUCGGUUUUCCGAACACGGGAAACAGGUGUGUAUGCGGCCAGCCUAAGGCGCACCAACAGCUAACGAAAUAUUUUUGUUUACAUAUAGCUCUCUCUUUUGUCCCAUCGAAUGAAAGAGCACAUGUAGUCUAAAUCAUCUCGUUAUCUAUUGGCAUCUACCCCUUGCUACACUACAGACGUGCAAUUUUAACUGAACAGUUCGACUGCUCAGUAAAGGCAGGCGUCCACAGAUCAUCAUCGUACUUAUCGUAUCGGACGCAUCGCAUAUCAAAGUCAUACAAGUGAUCGACUGAUCUGCAUCGUACGGAUUUCAUCUACCGUAAAAGUAACAAUCUGUUUGAUGCGAUGCGUCCGAUACGCACAAUGCGGAUAUGUUGACGCCACCAUUAAUCGUACUUUGUCCGUCAGCGUCAGUUGUCUCAGUUCCAUUUUUUAGUUCUAUUUCAAUCAAAACGUCUGUACCUGCAGCCCGUCUGUACUUGUUUUUAA